CGCGUGCUGUAAACACAGUGACGCGUUGGACACACACAGCUGAAAUCCAGGCUGAGAUUCAGAACCUCCGCUGUUCAUAUGCAAGCUCACCGUUAAAGGCUCGGUUUCGAGGAGAAAACGACACGAACGGAGGACAGAUGGCAAGAAAAACAGCGAUUCCUCCCUCCUACUACGGUGAGCCACACAAGUUUGACCCAACAUUCAGAGGACCUGUCCCUAAAAGGGGCUGCACAGACGUGCUUUGCUGUGUGAUCUUCGUCAUCGUCAUCCUCGGCUACAUCGCUCUCGGAACAGUGGCAUGGCUUCACGGUGACCCUAGGAAAGUGGUUUACCCCACAGACAGCUAUGGCCAGUUUUGCGGCCAGCAGGGGACCCCUAAUGCAAACAAAGCCAUAUUAUUUUACUUUAACAUUCUACACUGUGCCAACCCAACAGUCCUCAUCAACCUGCAGUGCCCUACAACUCAGCUGUGUGUGGCCAAGUGUCCCGACAGAUUUGCCACAUAUGUAGACAUGCAGUAUAACUACGGCAGAAACCGAAGCUACUGGGAAUACUACAGACAGUUCUGCAAACCCGGCUUUGACAAUCCCAAAAAGUCUAUCGCUCAGGUGCUCCGGGAUGAAGACUGUCCCCCCAUGCUGGUUCCCAGUAGACCCUUCCUCCAAAGGUGCUUCCCAGAUUUCAUCACCAGAAACGGGACGCUAACUGUCGCCAACAAAACAGACUUUAAAGACGGACACGGCAAAACCAGGAGCGUCAUUGACCUGAGAGACGCUGCCAAUGGCAUCGCCAGCCUGCUGGAUGCCAAGGAGGUGGGCACAAAAAUCUUUGAGGACUACGCCAGCUCGUGGUACUGGAUAUUAAUAGGCCUGAUCAUCACUAUGGUCAUCAGUCUGCUCUUCAUCUUGUUGCUGAGGUUCACUGCGGGAGUGCUGCUGUGGUUAGUGAUCUUCGGGGUGAUCGCUGCUGUGGGAUACGGUAUUUGGCACUGUUACUGGGAGUAUGUGGCGCUGCAGGGGAAGCCUGAUGCUGAUGUCACUAUAUCUGAUAUUGGCUUUCAGACAGAUUUCAGAGUUUACCUACAGCUGAGCCAAACCUGGCUGAUCUUCAUGAUCUCUCUGGCGGUGAUUGAGGCUGUGAUCAUCGUGGUGUUGAUCUUCCUGAGGAGCAGAGUGCGCAUCGCCAUAGCACUACUGAAAGAGGGCAGCAAGGCGGUCAGCUACAUCAUGUCCACUUUAUUUUAUCCCAUCAUCACCUUUAUGCUGCUGGCCCUCUGCAUAGCCUACUGGGCUGUAACAGCAGUUUUCCUGGCAUCUUCUGGUGAUGCCGUCUAUAAAGUGAUGUCGACACAGCCCAACUGCAAAUACGCCAACAUCACCUGCGACCCAGAGACUUUCGGCCAGUCGAACGUCAGCAGGACGUGUCCGGGUUCACAGUGUACGUUUGCGUUUUACGGCGGGGAGAGCGUGUACCACCGCUACAUCUUCAUCCUGCAGAUGGGGAACCUGCUGGUCUUCCUCUGGCUGGUUAAUUUCGUCAUUGCUCUGGGUCAGUGCACUCUGGCCGGCGCCUUCGCCUCCUACUACUGGGCCCUGAAGAAGCCUGCAGAUAUCCCAGCAUUCCCUCUGGCUGCAUCCUUCGGACGGGCCAUCAGGUAUCAUACGGGUUCUUUGGCGUUUGGUGCGUUAAUCCUCUCUAUAGUGCAGUUCUUCCGGAUCAUUCUGGAAUACCUGGACCACAAACUCAAAGGUGCUCAUAACUCCUGCUCGCGCUUCCUGCUGUGCUGUUUGAAAUGCUGCUUCUGGUGCUUGGAGCAUUUCAUCAAGUUCAUGAACAGGAAUGCAUACAUUAUGGUUGCGAUUUAUGGGAAGAGUUUCUGUACCUCAGCAAGGGAGGCGUUCUGCCUUCUGAUGAGGAACGUUGUGAGAGUGGCAGUGCUGGACAAGGUCACAGACUUCCUGCUGUUUCUGGGGAAGCUGCUGAUUUCAGGGAGUGUCGGAGCCCUCGCUUUCUUCUUCUUCACUCGCAGGAUACCAGUCAUACAGGAGGAAGUGCCUUCACUGAAUUACUACUGGGUUCCCCUGCUGACGGUGAUCUUUGGGUCCUACCUGGUCGCACAUGGGUUCUUUAAUGUCUACGCGAUGUGUGUGGACACACUCUUCCUCUGCUUCUGUGAAGAUCUGGAGAGAAACGAUGGAUCUCCGUCUAAACCGUACUACAUGCCUACAGGCCUUCAUAAAAUCCUUAAGAGAUCUGAUCACCGUGCCAAACAGUACUCCCCAUCCUGAGACACGCCCACUAUCUUUCUUUCUUUCUUUCUUUCUUUCUUUCUUUCUUUCUUUCUUUCUUUCUCUCUCUCUCUCUCUCUGACUGGAUGACUGGAUUUCUUUGGUCUCACUGACUGACUGUCCUCUCUGGCGUAGAGCAAAGCAUGCUGGGAUACGUGCUCAGGACAGAGACAAUAGCGAGUAAAGGAAUACUCCACUGUUUUUAAGUCUGAUGUUGGCCUUUAUUGACACAGAUAAUUUCAGCAUUGGAGGAAAGCGCUGUGACUCGGUUCUGAUACAUCAGCUCACAGACGCAGCCUUGUGCUGAUCGACAUCACCCUUUGUAGUGAUGUGGGGAAAGAACGCCAUCUACCCACCCAGAGAGAGAGCAAGGCCAAUUGUGCUCUCUCGGGGCUCCGGCAGCUGAUGUUUGCAAGCAGCAUGACCGGGAUUCAAACCAGCAAUCUCCCGAUCAUAGUGGCAGCAACUUAGUUCGCUGGACCACUUAGUUCUCUGAGACCCACUUAUUUGUAUUUGCAAAUUGAGAUUGGGCUGAAUUAUGGUGGAGUAUUCCUUUAUUAGCCGUUUAAUUCUGAUUCUGCUAACUCUCGUCUGCCUUUUUGCAGUUAUACUUCUGGAUUUUGUAUCUCCCUCUCUUUCUCUCUCUCUCUCUCUCUCUCUCUCUCUCUCUCUCUCUCUCUCUCUCUCUCUCUCUUUCUUUCUCUCUGUGCUGGCCUUCUUUUCUUCAUGGCCUUACCUUCAGCAUCCUCUCAGUUAGCCAAUAUACUGUAACUAUAGAGUGAAGAUCAGCUGGUCAGGUGUUUCCCAGUCUGGUUCCUCUUUGAAGGGCUUAUUAACGAGCUGAUGAGAGAAAUCAGGUGUGGUAAUGAAGGUAACUCACUAAAAUGAGCAUGGACUCCAUAAGCAGGGCCAGGUGGAGUGAGUGGUCUUGUGUAUUAGGUAGACUACAUACUCUACAUACAUAUUUCUGUUCAUCACCACCAGAUAGAUUUAUGCAAACAUAAUUAUUUCUCCUCACAAAAACAAUCUUCAUCCAGAAUAAACUUCUUCAGGAUAGCGACCUCAAAGCCUCCUCCCUGCACGAUUUUACUGUCUGAGCUACUGCUGUGAGGAAUCCCAUUCAAUCCCACUCAACCCUUUUUUUUUCAGUUUAUAUUGACAGUAUAUGAUAUAUAUGACAGUAUAUGAGUGUGUAUUAUGGCAGUAAUAUGUUGACGUGGCAGCAUAUUCUAGUGCAAAUUGGCAGUUUAUGACUAUAAAUAUAUAUAUAAAUAUAUUUUCAGUAUAGGGCAGUAUAUAUUGAACAGGUAUGACCAUAUAAGGUAGAGUAUAUUGAUGGUAUAUGGCAGCGAGUAUUGAAAGCAAAAAGCAUAUUGCUGUAUACAUUGGCAGUAAAAAGCUGUAUAUUAUUAUGUUAGCGGUGUUUGGGGAACUUGUCCUGAUUGUAUAUGACACUAUAUAUGAUAGGAUAUAUGGAAGUAAAUGACAGUGUAUACAUUGACUAUAUAUGGCACUAUUUAUAUUGACACUACAUAGCAGCAUAUAUUGAAAAUAUAUUGUAGUAUGUAUUAAUAGUAUGUGAUGGUAUAUAUUUAGAGUAUAUUGAGAAGAUUCUUGUCAAGGCUCUUACUGAUAUGACUGUAUAUUGAAUGUAUUUGGAAAUUUGUAUUGACUAUGUAUGACAGUAUAUGGCUGUACAUAUUGAACAAAUAUAGAGUAUAUAAUAUAAAUUGUAUAUUGGCAGCAAAUGGCAGUAUAAGGCAGUACAUAAUGUAUGGCAGUGUGUAUUAAAAGCAUAUUGCUGUAUACAUUGGCAGUAUAAUGCAGUAUAUAUUAACAGCAUUUGGGAAAUUGUUAUUGUUAUUAUUAAUUGUAUAUAGCAACAUAUAUUGAUGAUAUAUUAUGAACAUAUACUCCUAUAUAUGACUGUGUAUAUCAACACUGUUUGGGAAAUUUUAUUGACUAUACAAGGCUCUAUAUGAGAGUUAAUACUGUGACAGUGUGGCAGUGUAUGUUGAAAAUAUGUAACGAUAUAUAUUCACAGUAUAUGGCAGUAUAUAUUAAAAAGGUGUAACAUAUUUGUACGGCAAAAAAAUAACGAACAUUUGAGAUUAAUAUAAUUAGUGAUAUAUUAUUCACUUAUUUAUCUCUAAACAUAUUUUAAACAUAUUUUUUGAAUGGGAUUUUUUUACACAUAUAUGCAGGGUGAUCUGCAGGUGAGGAGGCUUGUGGUCACUGAUUUAAUGAUUCCUUCAGGGUCAGUUCAGCUUAGUACUUAGUACAGCAAAUCUUCAACACUAUCACAAAUAUAUUAAAAACUAACACUGAUAUGUGAGUUUACUCUCCUUGGUAACUUUAUUACAAACAUAUUUUAAGUUGCAGUGAUGAACAGGGUAAAUAUAGCCUGUGUGGGAGAUGGGAAAAUACAGUAACAGUCUACAGAGAGUGGAAAUACAUGGUGGGUGUUUAUGAUAUAUUGGGCAGUGAGUGCAUUUUUUAUAAUAUAACAACAGGUAAAGCUUGACUGUUGACAACUGUGUGUGUUUAAGACCAGAAAUAUACUUCAUGCAAGGAUGCAAAGAAAGAUGCUUUGAGCUGUGCAGACUGAAUUUUCACAGAUGCAUUAAAAUAUAGGGAUGACAAAUGAUACUAGUGCAUCUUAUUGAAAAGUAUUUAUUUCAGUUUAUUUCAGUAAUUCAGUUCAAAAUAUGAAACUCAUAUAUUAUAAGGAUUACACACACAGAGCGAUAUAUUUUAAGAGUAUAUUUCUUUUAUUGUUGAUUAUUAUGACUUACAUCCAAUGAAAAAUCCAAAAAUCUGACCAAUUUGUACUUUUAGAAGUGUGGGCAGUGUGCCAAGUCCUGCUGGAAAAUGAAAUCCACAUCAUCAUAAAAGUUGUCAGAGAACUUUCUCUCUGCUGACAACUAUUAUAGAUAUGCAGAUUUCAUUUUCCAGCAGGACUUGGCACACUGCCCACACUGCCGAAAAAUACCAUUUGGACUUAUAUACUAUUCUAAUGUUCUAAAACACUAAUUUUUGUUGGGUUUUUCAUCAUCUGUAAGCCAUAAUCAUCACCAAUAAAAUAAAUAAAUGCUUAAAAUAGAUCACUCUGGGUGCAAUACAUCUAUAUAAUGUAUGAGUUUCACAUUUUAAACAAUUUUAUUACUGAAAUAAAGUAACUUUUCAAUGAUAUUCAAUUUUUUUUUUAAAGUGCAAGCUGCAUUCUGAGCAUUUCCACAAGGGGGUGCUACAGAAGCUUUUUAUUAUUAUUUUUUUUUACAAUCAGCUAUCAAAAUACUAAUGCUGCGUUUCAUUUAAACUUGGAUGUCAGUAUUUCCUAAUUCAAAGUAGGAGAUUUAAAUUGGAACGUUUCUACAGGUUGGAUUUCGUACUAUAAAAGGUAAGGAGAACCUUCAUAACCCUGAGUUCAAAAUCCAAGAUGGCUGCCCUGCACAUCAACAGCAGUAAAAGCAGUAGUAUUAUAUAGUUUUAUCAUCACUACUGUGUAUUAGUGUCUUCCAACACUCACUAAUGUCUAAAGUCUACCUGUGGACAAUGUUUCUGAGGUGUUUGGAUGCUCAGAAUACUGUAUAAUGCAUUGUUAGCAAUGCUAACUUGGUACAAUGCUAAUAAUCACAGCUGAUAUCUGAAUGUUUAACUGGCAUACCGUCAACUCAUCCUAGUUAACUGGAACGCAGCAUAUGAUGUGUCCUCUAGCGACCCCUGAGUUUUUAAACUGAAACAGUAAUGUAAUGUGUACAGUAGGACCGUGCGUAUAAAGAGCAUUGGCUAGGCAUUAGCAUUAGCAUUAGCGUCCUUGCAUUGUAUGUUUCUGGCCUAAAGAAGUCUAAAUGGAUGCAGUAAUCUCUCUUUGGUCAGCAUGUUUAUGAACUGUGUGAAUGUUUUCUGAGCUGUACAGAUGAUUAUGAGCUGUACGGAGCGUGUAGUAAUUUGUGCCUCAUUUGAAAUGGGGGAAGUGCUUCUCGUUUAUGGUUUUACACUUCUAUUUUGAAGUAACGUUUAUAAAAGGAUGUAAAAGCCAUUUUUGGUAAUUUUGUACGGUGUGUGGAGCAGACGCUGGAGCUGUGCCCGCACCCCUCUGUGCUGUUAUGGGGGAAUUUCAUGUCUUUUUUAUAAAAGGGGGAUGUUUUGUAAAAAAUAGAUCAGUUAAAAGGUUGAAUUUUUCUCUUUGAAUAAAACCGAGUGAUAUAAAUGA